AAGCGGUUGUUUUGGUGGGACUGAUUCAGAGAUUCAAACUUCACCGGACGCUCCAGAAAAUCAGUGGAAUCAGCUGGGCGAGGAGCAUGGACUCAACGAGGAAGAUCAAUUGGCUCUCCCCCGCUGUCUCCUUGAACGCGAGUUCAAUAACCGGAAGUCAAACAAGUACAAGAAGUACAUAUCGUCCACGUGAGCCACCCCAACCUCGUCCCUCAGAGGAUUCAAGUUACAAUGUUAAGCCCCUGUUGAAGGGCAUCCACGAGACGUGCGCCGAAAACAACGCCUUGAUAAAGGAGUGGACUCCUCUCCUGAAAACCCUGGACUUGGAGUCACGAUCCCUCACCCCAAAGACAACUGAUCACCUGGAGAAGGUCUCCGGGAUCCUGAAAACUGAGGGGCUCUCCUCCGUCGAUGAAACCCACCUGACAAUAUCUUGCAACCGGAGGCGACUCGACGAGCUGCAGAAAUCGAGAAUUGAUAGAAACUUGAAGAGAAAGUACGAGGAUCUCUGCAGUCGUUAUGCUAGACUCGAGGAGAAGGUGAAGGAUGCCCAGAAGAAGGUGAACUUCAUAACGGAUUUUGUAGAUUCAGCGAGGGAAUUGAACGAGAGGGAGUACUCCGAGAUCAUUCACAAGCUGACCAAAUUAAACGAGUAUAGAGAAACUGUUGGAAACCUGGAGAAUGAACUCGCUGGCCUCGAUGUAGCCGACGAUUAUCCUGACAGGAUCCUGGAGAAGUACAGUCGUUACCUGGGGGCCACUGGAGAACUUGCUGAGUUAAAUAAAGUCAUCAAUUACUAUGGGGAUCUUCCUGCUGACAUUCUCCAGGCAAAAGCAGCUGUCGAGCAGAAGGAGAAGCGACGCCUCGAGGUCAAGAAUUUGCUGGACGAGAGGAUGAUGAAGUAGUCGCAGAACUCUGCGACUCUCCAGAGACUGAAAAAACUUCUAAAUUUUUCUCCUACAUUCCAGAGUCUGCGAAUAACUCAUAUCAGGAUAAACGAGAAAAAAGUUCUUAAAUUAGCAUUAUUUUUCUCUGUGAGAAUAAGAGGAUAGAAUGGAUAAGGAUACGAAUUUGCAUUUUUCAGAAUAAAAUGAGGACUAAUCAUUCUCAGUCAAGAAUA